AAACAGAACAUCUCCCUCGUGCUCUUGACGAUGCCAUAAUGGAGGCAAACUUAGCUGACCUCAACAUAAACAACAGUUCUUCAUUGGGGGAAGCUGAGGCUCCUGCAGCGGCUCCAGGGACGUCACCGCCCGAGGAAGCCCGAUCAACUGCCAAGCUUUACGAGUAUGAGCCUCUUGAGACAGGGUCGAUUCGUCUCCUCCUCCUCAUUGAAGGUGAUGGAGACGACGAUGACCUGGAAUGCGCGCUCAUACACUUUGAGCUCUCGGAAGCUGUUGAUUAUACCGCUCUGUCUUACGUUUGGGGCGAUGAAAGCAGCCCUUGCGCGAUUUAUAUCGGUGAUAACUAUUUACCCAUCACCGCCAAUCUCGAGGACGCGCUUCGUCAUUUAAGACGGCAAGAUGAGUCGGUAUGGCUCUGGGUUGAUGCAUUAUGUAUUGAUCAAGUACAUACCGAGGAGCGGAACCAUCAAGUACAACAGAUGCGCCAGAUUUAUGAAUCUGCGACGCAGACAAUCGUCUAUCUCGGUGGCCAAACAGGUGGCAAUACUGGUUACUCGGCCUGGAACUUUCUGGAACGCAACAGCACUUGGGCACUCAAUGAGUGUGGCGCGAAGGACUACACCCUCCCAGCAGAAAUAGAGGAUCUGGUUGACUUCCGCGGUGAACUUCACGACGUGUACCUCGACGUGUUGAGUCGCGACUGGUUCAGCAGAGUGUGGGUUUUCCAAGAAGUUGUCGUCUCCAAGGAGGUCAUAAUGCAAUGCGGCCAUCGUGGGGUUGCGUGGGAUGACUUUUGCAAGCUGGUGGUUCUGGAAAAGCGAGCACACGAUCGCUAUGGGCUGAGUCUUCAACAGCAGGACUUAUCGGACAAUUUACGCCGUAUCUGGCAAGCUCGUGUGGCCUUUCAUCUCGCCAAGGGCCAAGAGCACUACCUACCGGAUUGGUACAUACAAACGCUCAGCUCGAAUGACGCCACGACCGAUAUCCUCGACAUGCUCGUCCGAGCUCGCCACCUCAUGGCUUCAGAUCCAAGGGACAAGAUCUUUGCCCUCCUAGGUAUCAGUACGGGAUUCAAUUGGAGACAGCUUGAUACUAUCAACUACGCACGCCCUACGAGCAGCGUCUACGCGCAAUUUGCCAUGGACGUCAUGACCACCAGAAACGAUUAUCGACCCCUAAGUUAUCUAAACAGGUCAUCUACGGUCGAUUACCUCAUGGAACUGCAACGUCUCUGGCUUGCCGAACAAGACUACUGGCACAAGGUUAUAUCCGGCCAGAAGCCGUUUAGCGUGCAAGAUGGGGGGCUGCUCAAAAGAGACCCUGUCCUGGAAAUGACAGCACUUGACGAAUGCCGAAUCCACGGGAGGCGCUUGGCGCCUGAAUGCUACAAAUACAGGGACCACAAGCCAGUUUAUCUGCCAUCCUGGGUCCCGACUUGGCAUUGCAUCCACAUGUCAACAUUUGAGCCCCGAGCCAUCAUCGAAGUUGUUGAGAAGCAGCCGUCUUCCUCAGUUAGGGCUAAUGAUUACCGCGUCUUACUAUCAACGGGCGCUUUCGCGGUCCACGGUCGUGUUAUAGGAGAGUUACAUGAAGCUAUAUCGCCGGCUUCGGUAUUGGGCAAUGAUGAGCUGGCCUUUGAGGAGCUCAAGCGAAAAUGGCGACGAAGCUCAGUCUACCAAAAGCAUCCUCUAGAGGCUCAAAUACUGACUUUGUGGGCUCAUAUGCUUGAUCUGACGGCUGUAAAAGGGCUCCACGUCCCUCAUGGUGUUCGGAUCAACAUGGUACAUCAAUCGCCGGAGCUACGGAGAAGGGAAGACUAUGAUGUGGACAACAUACUCAGGCAUUCACCAGGAAGCCUGGGCAAGUCAUCAAGUACAUCCUCCUUCUUGGAAUUUCUGGACUUGAAGACCUGCCCACCCAAAGUCGGAUCAAUCGAAGCCCACCUCGUCGCUCGAGCUCGCAAAACAGCCGAAUGGUCAGAUACAUCACAGCCAACCUUUAAAAGAGUCAACGACCCAGAGUCCAUCAUCGACCAACGAGCCAUCGGGGUCUACCAGUCCCGGGAUGUAUUAGAUACACCAGAAGGCCCAAAUUCAUGUCCCGUACUUCUUCCAGCCUCCGCCAGAUUCGGCGACUUGAUUGCAUACUUCCCCGGAGCCAAGGUUCCCUUUCUCGUUCGCCCCAAUAUGUAUUCCCCGCUUCGGGUAGCCGAGAUGAGGAAUUUGAUUCCGUCUGGGGCCCUCCCGUUUUUGAAUGACCAGGAGAUGUACAUGGGGUGUGAGCUCAUCGGCGAGUGCUGGAUUAAUGAGUUUGAAGAUAUUGUCUCAAAGGGCAAACCGAGCUGUGUGUUUGGUUUGCUAUAAGCUUAUUUCACUGAAAAGAAAAUACAAAAAAAAUAAGAUC